AUGGAAUUUGCAGCUCCCGCGGCUGUGACUGGCUUCGUCACGACGUCUGGUCAAAACUUCGAACUCAAUGGAGACGUUUUUACGGUUGUUGGCGCCAACUCGUACUGGGUCGGCUUAUCGGGUCUCAGCACGACUGAGAUGAAUCAGGCAUUUGCAGACAUUGCUGCUGUUGGCGCAACGACUGUCCGCACCUGGGGAUUCAAUGAUGUCACGAGUCCCAGCGGCGACUAUUACCAGCUCUGGACGAAUGGGGUGCCCACUAUCAACUAUGGGUCCACUGGUCUGGAAAAUUUCGAUAAUGUUGUCGCGAUGGCUAAGGCGAAUGGUCUGAGGCUUAUCGUUACUCUUGCAAACAACUGGGCUGAUUACGGCGGAAUGGAUGUCUAUGUCAGCCAGCUGACUGGCACAGAUUAUCACGACUACUUCUACACCAACGCUGAUAUCAUCGCAGCUUACAAGAACUACGUCAGUGCCUUCGUUGGCCGCUACGUCGACGAGCCCGGAGUCUUGGCUUGGGAACUUGCCAAUGAGCCGAGGUGCGCAGGAACGACUGGAACCACUUCAGGUAACUGUACAGCGGUGAAUGUUACGAACUGGAUCGCGGAAAUGUCAGCAUACAUCCACUCCAUCGAUGCAAACCAUCUCGUAGCGGUUGGCGACGAAGGUUUCUAUGCUAUCACAGGCAACUCGGACUAUCCAUACGGAGGGGGCGAAGGCAUUGGAAUUAACUUCACCGCUAAUCUGGCGAUUCCGACCAUUGACUUUGGCACCGCACAUCUGUAUCCGAUAAGCUGGGGCGAAACAACCGACCCGAUCGAAUGGGGUGUCCAAUGGAUUGACAACCAUGCAGCCUCCCAGAAGGCACAGAACAAACCAGUUCUAGUUGAAGAAUUCGGCAUGACGACGAACAUGACGGCGACCUACGAGGCCUGGUAUCCAGCCAUGAUCAACUCUGGGCUUACGGGCAAUCUCAUCUGGCAAGCCGGUUCCUACCUGUCAAGUGGGGCGACACCAAAUGAUGGAUACACAGUAUAUCCAAACAAUACUGUUUACGGUAUGGAGGCGACGUAUGCGGCGCAGUUGAAGGCAAGGAAUGCUGCAUGACGAACUCGUCAUUAUGAUCAUUGCAUGACCGUAGUAUUCGUCAAUCCGUAUACUUGAGAUCAUUGGGUCUGCGGAUUUAUCACUGUCGUCCAUCUCAGUCACUGCCAGGCGCAUGCCCUAGCCAGCUGUUCUCGUGACAUACAAGCGGUGACGCCAGAUUCGAUGUAUGCUCUGAAGUGCAGACGGAAGUCACUAGUCGGUCGUGUCCUCACAGUGAAUUGUCACUCCGUGCGCCUCGUCGCGCUCCUCGGAUGGGGGUCUCGUGCGUCUGGCGGCGUCGCGAAAUUGCAGUGUUUGGGAUGCAUGGCGUAAAACUU